AUGAAGGCCCCUGAUUCCAUUGAAAUUGCUAAGGCUCUUUAUUUGAGCAAGUCAGUCGUGGAAGCAAAUCUCACUAAGAAGGGAGGAGGUCUUGGUUUUUGCAUGGAGUUUCUGGUCAAAAGGGGUUGUGAGGCUGCUGAAGCAAAGGAAUGGGACACAUUUAGGGCUAUCCUGGCUCUAGGUAUCUAUGGUAUCAUGAUGUUCUCGAACAUUCCUAACUUUGUUGACAUGAGUGCAAUUCAUAUGUUCAUUCUGCAGAAUCCGGUUCCUACACUUUUGGGGGAUGUUUAUCACUCCAUUCAUCACAAGAGUAGUCAGAAGGGAGGUUUGGUUAGAUUUUGUGCUCCGUUGUUAUAUCGUUGGUUCAGGUCACAUUUGCCUGAGCGUGGCGCUUUCGUUGAUAAUAGGCACACAUCUAAGUGGGCUGAGAGGAUUAUGGGGCUUAGGGCCAAAGAUAUUGUCUGGCACAACAGAUAUUUAGAUGACAUGGAAGUUAUUAUGAGUUGCGGAAAGUUCAAAAAUGUACCUCUCAUGGGUCGUAGAGGUGGAAUCAACUACAAUCCUAUCUUGGCCAGAAGAACAUUUGGAUAUGCUUUUAUAGAUCCUCCUGAACAAACAGAGAUUGCUGAGAAUAUUUUCUAUCAUUCAGCCACCGACAGUGGGCAAAUGGCAGAAGCUGCCCAAGCUUGGAAGAGUAUUUGUUGGAGAGAUAAGAAACAUUUUGGUCAGAGAGACUGUGCUACUUACGAGGAUUAUACUAAUUGGGUCAAAUCUGUUGUUGAUACUCAAGGGAUGCCUUUCUCCCCUCAAGACCCUUUGUACCCCCCUGCUGGUGAACAACCCAACAUUGUUUCCAUGCCUCGUUACAACCAAACUGUGGAAGAGAAUCGAAAAUUGACUGAACAGAUGGAAACAAUGGAAAUAGAGCUUGAAGAAAUGUAUGCUAGAGGGAGCACAUCUCAGAAGAGGCCGAGAAUGACUGUGGGCUCUAAAUCCACUGAAACCCAAGAGAAGAGAAUAAAAGAACAUUACGAGGCUCAGUUGGCCGAGUUGACUGAAAAGCUCCAGAUUCAGACUGAAAAUGCCAACUCAUAG